AUGCGGCAGUCGCUCUGGCCUACACCCUUGGAGCCACCCUCCACUCCUUUCUCUCACCCCCAUCCCAACUCUCCGCAAAGGCCGUCAGCUCUGCUUUCAGAGUACAGCCAGCAUCUGGCCACCUCUCGGCCCCCGCACUGCCCCACCCGGGCCCAGGCCCUCGCUGCCUUCCCGUUUCUCUGCCCAGGCCCCAGUAGCCGGUCCGAACUCUCGCGUUCCCAGGGAGGUGGUGGUCGCGCUCACGGCGCAACCGCCCAUCCUCAGGGCGCCCCCUCCGAGGGAGGGGAGCCCACGAGGCCCGGCCAGAUCCGACGCCCUCCGCGGUCACAUCCCAGACCCCUGCCCCUCCCGCCCAGGCCCCCGCCCCUCCCUCGCCCCGUCCUGACCUGCGUCAGGCGAGGAGGCGGUGAGAGGAAUCCGCGUCCCAAGAAAAGAGGCAGCUUUCCCUACACGGCACGGGACACGGUCCGUGCACAGAUGCCACGGGAGGCGCGGGCGCUGGGGAGAAUCCUUGCUGGGCCCUCGCCGUCCACGCGCCGCCUCCCUACAUCCGGUAUCUGGUGGUCAGCCUUCUGCCUGGCAGAGGGAAAUGAGCCCCCAGUCCAGCAGGAAAACGUGGACCGCUCUCCGCCAACAGCUCUUUUCCACAGACCCAUCUUGCCUUCGCCCCGCAGUCUCUUUGGGUUCUGUCUUUUGGCUGGAUUGACCCGAACAAGGAAGUCGCCCCCAGCGGAGCCCCGGCCCUUGAUGCGGAGGCGGCCAGGGGGCGGAGUGAAACGAGGUGAUCACGCCUCCUGGGGGAGAGGGCGGGGCAUGCAAAUUUGA